UGUUAGGGGUUACACUUUGGAUAUUGUAAACUGAAACCAGCGAAUAUUCUCUCUCCUUCUCUCUCUCUUUCUCUCAUAGUAUUUCUCUCAUCUGAAGAUAAUUUAAGGGAGAGAAGAGAAGAGAGGUGACUAAAAGGGAGGAGGAGGAAGACACGAAGAACAAGGAAGAGUAGCUCCUCCAGGAAGAAGCGUACAGGACUAUAUUUCCUUUCCUUCUUCUCCUUUGCCUUUUUCCUUCUCUUUCGGAUAUUGCAGAUUACAGGUGGAUGGAAGAGAAGGAAGGCAAACGCAAUGUCAUGGCGGAAGCUCUGGAAUCGAAGGUUGCCUUGAGAUUUUGGGAAGCGGCUGCGGCUUCAACCGUGGUAUUAGGUUUUGUGUUAGGUCUUCUCUCUGUUUACCUUACCAUGCCUGAUUCCGAUUACAGCUUCCUCAAGCUCCCUCGGAACCUCGAAGAUCUUCAAGUUCUAAGAGGCCACCUCGAGAACUACACGAGUGACUACACUGCACAGGUCUUGGUGGGUUAUUGUGUGGUAUAUAUUUUCAUGCAGACAUUUAUGAUUCCAGGGACUGUGUUCAUGUCGUUGCUUGCUGGAGCUCUCUUCGGUGUAUUCGGAGGUGUUGCUUUGGUUGUGUUCAAUGCCACGGCUGGAGCUUCAUCUUGCUAUUUCCUAUCAAAACUGAUUGGACGACCCCUUGUCUUCUCUCUUUGGCCAGACAAGCUAAAGUUCUUUCAGGACCAGGUUGCUAAAAGAAGGAAGAGUUUGUUGAACUACAUGCUUUUUCUGAGAUUGACUCCAACCUUACCUAACACAUUUAUCAAUGUUGCCUCGCCAAUAGUGGAUGUGCCUUAUCACACUUUCUUUCUGGCCACUGUUAUUGGACUCAUACCUGCUGCUUAUGUCACUGUCAAGGCCGGGCUAGCACUUGGAGAGUUGCAAUCGUUGAAAGAUCUUUAUGAUUUCAACUCAAUUGCUACAUUAUUUCUCAUAGGAGUUGUUUCAGUUACACCUACACUUAUUACCAAGCCGUAGCGAUUCUGGGGCGGAAGCUUCUUGUGCGUGAGGCAUUUGUUUUCCUGGCAGCUAAUGGUUCUCCGAUUCAAGACUGUACAGAUCUUCUCGAAACAAUCACACUGUCACUUGCUGCUUAUGGAUUAUAUUGCCAAAUGCUGCAGUAAUUCAAGAAUAUGUUGGAGGAGAAAAUGUUAAGCAUUGAGGUUUAAUUGUUGUAAUGUUUGCUAUUGGGGUUCGGUAAUUCCAAAUUCACAUUCGAUUGUGUAGCCACGUAAAUUGUUGAUGAGGUGGAAUUUGUAAGGCAUUCGCUUAUUGACUAAUGACUAGUGUAUAUAUCAUGGUUGCAUUGUGCCGUUGUUUA